AUGGUGUACAACAUUCCUGAGCCAGAUGAUGCUCCGCCCCUAGGCGAUCUGGGUUUCUUUCAGCAUCGCACCCUGCCAGUGCUUCGCAAAUUCCAACCAUCGUCUCUCUGGGAUGUUUCAGCUCCACGACUUCUGUUGUCAACGAGCUCCUUUCGCAGUGUCGCCAAAGCCUUAGCGCAUCAGCAGCGGCUUGCCGAGAGCCCGAACACCACCCAAAUGGAGGGUGUAGACAGAGCCUAUGUGGACGCCAUCUCCCUAGUACGCAAAUCGAUAGACGCUUACUCCGGCGAAGAACGCACUACUCUGGCCUUCGAAUGUCUGCUCUUGGUGAUACUAGAGUCUCUACGAGGUUCUAAGUCAGAAAUGAUUGUUCAUCUUCACCACGGCAUUCGAAUCGUGUUUGAGAGUUCCAAAGAGUCUCUGAAAUCUGGGAAUAUGAAGGAGAUUGGAAGAUGCUUGCGCCAAUAUGGAGUCAGUACCAUGCUUCUCAACCCAUUUCUGCCGCCUGCUCGACAGACACAGCACGUGAUGUGGCGCACGGCGAGCCUCGAUGACGAUACGCCCGGCGACUCUACGACUGACGACCUUCGCAAGGUAUCUAAUGACGUUUACCGUCUCAUCCUCGAGACUCUGGCGAUUAUGUAUCAUGUGUCCUUAAAUGAGGGGCACUUGGGCUUGGUCUUUUGCGAGGAAGUCGCCCGGGUGAGGGCGAAACAAGCUCGCCUGGAGGAAAUUUUCCAUCAAAGACGCCAAACGUGUACAGGCGAGGACGUACAAGCACGUGCUCUUUGGGACCUCACUGAAGCUCGGUGUCUCUUAGCCAAGGCACACCUAAACUACGUCUGGGCCUGCGACGUCGAAGCCUUCCAUGCCGAAAUCGAAACAUUCAGAGCAGUUAUUGACCUCGUCGAUUCGGCACUCUCGCGGAUUGAGGAGAGCGAAUCAGAUAUAUCGACUCUGACAUUCUCUGUCGGCCUCGGGGCCAUAUCUGCACUCGAGCUUGUGGCAUGGAGAUGUCCUGAUGUGAACCUACGGAACGAAGCAGUCGACCUACUAGAAAGAUGCCCUCGACAAGAGGGACUUUGGAAUGCAGACGAGCGAAGCAAGCUGUGGCGUAGCAUGAUCGCAAACGAAGGAACCAACUAUACCGACCACAUGUGGAACUACGAGCUGCCAACCGAGGGCAUUGAAUCUGUUCUCACACCAGGAACGCCGCUCAAACAGCAAAGCCAGCUGCAGAGGUAG